GUCGCUGGGAUGAGGCAGCCCUGGGGUGCUGGGUAACACAAAGGCAGGCCCUGGCGUUGGGGCUCAAAUAAAACUGCCUCGAAGGGUGUGAGAGCUGUGCUGCGCGGGAGCCUGCUGUCAACGCGUGGAUUAAGGUCGGUGAAGCAAGCAGCGUUAGGCUAAGCGGGUAACAGGAGCAGGCUUACGUUACACGCUUGUGUAAGGUGCGUUAGAAUGCCAGAAAAUUAACAGCUAGGUUUAAUAUUAGAUUUUUUUCCCUUGUAUAAGAACGUUAUUUUGGUCAGUGAUAACAAGAUGAGAAGUUCAACAGAUCACAACCUAGUUUCUUGCAUCUUUUGAAGCAUCUUGUUCUAGCUGCCGUUGGCCAGGUGUGGAAUAGGCUAGGUAUGGUAUGGCUAGGCUGUAUGGAAUAUUUGGUGUGGCCAUGCCCAGGUUUCAUUAAAUUAACUGGCUGAAUAUUGCAGAGAUAUUUCAGUAUGGGGCAACAGUUGUAGGUGGAAAAAAUAUUAAAAAAAAAAUCUGAAUUGGAAAUAUGAUGAAAAAUAUUCAUUUUUUGGGUUCACCUAAAGUUUCUUUCCAAUUAGUUUCAAAUAGACCAAAUAUUUAGAAGACUUUAGGAAAAAUAUAUUGCUAAGGGUAAGCAUCUUACUACUUAUGCAUAGGAGGUAACUAGGGGGAAGCACAGCUGGUGCAUCAGAGCAUCUACACAGCUGCUUACUCCUGAGAAUGAAAAAAAAUACCUGCUUUGGUAGCAUUAGUUCACUAGUAAUCAUGCAGUGUGUUUUUCCAUCUUUUAUGGGAAUCUUGUCCGUAAUUAUGGACAGCAUGUUGUAUUGCAGAAGUCAUUAGCUUUGUUUGGCCCAUACGUUUUUAUGUUUCUAUGCUAUUGGGUUAAUGUCUUACUGGAUGUUAAGAGUAAAUAAAAAAUACAGCCCUUUUUCUCCCUUAAAAAUUUUGUGUGUACUAUUUCUUAGAUUAUUUCAAAGACAUUUAAAUUGUAUUUCUUCUUAGUCUACUAGUAUUUAAUGUUCCUACUAUGAUAUUGGGAAGCCUGUCUCACGUGUAAGUCAGACUUGUUCAUUCUGAAGCAGCUAGCUUCCUUCAGUACAUACUUUCAAGCUCUCUUUAGAAAGUUUUUUCCUUGAAAUUGGCAGAUUACGAUGAGUGCACCAAAUAAAGCGCUAGAACUACAGCUGCAAAUGAAGCAAAAUGCUGAAGAGCUGCAGGAUUUUAUGAGAGAAUUGGAGAGCUGGGAAAAAGAUAUUAAAGAAGUGGAUUCUGAACUAAGAAAACAGAGUGGUGUCCCAGAAGAGAAUUUGCCACCAAUUCGAAACAAGGCUUUUAAGAAAAAGAAGAAAAGCAAAAGUAAAGUCCCUUCAAAGAUAACCACUGAGGAAAACAAGAAAAACAAGAUCAAGUCUUAUGAUUAUGAAGCAUGGGGAAAACUUGAUGUGGAUAAAAUACUUGAAGAACUUGAUAAAGAAGAUAGUACUCAUGAUUCUGUAUCUCCAGAAUCAGACUCUGAAGAAGAUGGAAUUCGUAUAGAUGCAGAAAAGGCUCUUGCAGAGAAGGAAAAGGGCAAUAACUACUUUAAACAAGGGAACUUCGAUGAAGCUAUAAAAUGCUACACUAGAGGGAUGCAUUCUGAUCCAUACAAUCCCGUAUUGCCCACAAACAGAGCAUCAGCUUUUUAUAGAAUGAAAAAAUUUUCUGUUGCAGAAUCUGACUGCAAUUUAGCACUUGCUUUGGAUAAAAAUUACACAAAGGCUUAUGCCAGGAGAGGGGCUUGUCGCUUUGCUUUGAAAAAUCUUCAAGGUGCUAAAGAAGAUUAUGAAAAAGUUUUAGAGCUGGAUGCAAACAACUUUGAAGCAAAAAAUGAACUGAAGAAGAUUGAUCAGGCUCUGUCGUCAAAAGAAAAUUCAGAACAGGAGGAGUUUGAAAACGCAGUCGGACCAAAAUUAACAGACGAAGAGAAGAAGUGCAUUGAAGACCAGCAGCUCAAGCAGAAGGCUAUUACAGAAAAAGAUCUGGGUAAUGGGUAUUUCAAAGAAGGAAAAUAUGAGGCUGCAAUAGAAUGUUACACCCGUGGUAUAGCAGCAGAUGGCACCAAUGCACUUCUGCCAGCUAACAGAGCCAUGGCCUAUCUAAAGAUUGAAAAAUAUGAAGAGGCAGAAAAUGACUGUACACAAGCUCUGCUCUUGGAUGCCUCCUAUUCUAAAGCCUUUGCCAGAAGAGGAGCUGCCAGAGUUGCUCUUGGAAAGCUAAAAGAAGCUAUGGAAGAUUUUGAAGCUGUUCUGAAGUUGGAACCUGGAAAUAAACAAGCAAUAAAUGAACUCACUAAAAUAAGGAAUGAAUUAGCUGAGAAGGAACAGUGGACUCAUCAGGAGUAUCCUGCAGUAUUGAUAAAAGAAACAGAAAUCAAAAAUAUAGUGAAAGUGAUUGAUAAUCCAUUACACCUGAAAUCAACAAAGCCUUUGCGAAGAAUAGCCAUUGAAGAAGUUGAUGAUGACACACCAAAUAGUGAUUUGCCCAGCACUUCUUCUUUAGUCAAUAACUGGAAGAAUUCAAUGAGUAUUGAAACAACAGAGAGUCUAGAUCAGGAUGAUCAGUUGACUACAAUGGACAUUCCAAAAGCAAAGCACUUGAAAAUAGAAGAAAUCAGUGAUACCUCACCAUUACAGCUUCCUGCUAGUGCGAAAGUAAUUUCAUCAACGUCACAUCCAUCUUUCCCUGUGAACAAACAGAGAGAAAAAGAAAUCAAAAGGUCAUUUAGAUCUGCUUCUUCAGUACCCACUAUUCCUGCAAAUUCUUUCCAGCUUGAGUCUGACUUCAGGAAGUUGAAAGACUGCCCUGAAGAUAUGUACUUGUACCUGAAGCAAAUAGAGCCUUCACUUUAUCCAAAACUGUUCCAGAAAUCCUUAGAUCCAGACUUGUUUAACCAGAUACUGAAAAUUCUACAUGAUUUCUACAUUGAGAAAGAGGAGCCAUCGCUCAUCCUUGAAAUCCUCCAGAGGUUAUCUGAAUUAAAAAGAUUUGAUAUGGCAGUGAUGUUUAUGUCAGGCUCAGAGAAAAAAAGUAAUUACACAGGUAUUGUUCAAUCAUGUGAACCACAUGGGACUGAAAGAUACUUCUGUUGAAGAACUGGAGAAGAAAUACGGCAUUUUCUCUUAGUGAGAUCACUGAUGUGUAAAUUUCUGUUUCUGCACUUCUUUCAUGUGGAAAUGAGCUGAAGAAGCCUAUAAAGACUGGGAUUUUGUUGCUUUUGUAUAAGUAAUGAAACUCUUAAACUUGGUUUAGCCAAAUGGCAAGUGCCUGAAGAGAUAAUUAUCUAGUUCUGCAGGUACCUUUGCUUUCCAGCACCUGAAACAAUACAGAGCUACACUGUCUUCAGUGGAAUCUGUUUGCCUAAAAAACAUUUGGGCAGAUUGGCAUUCAGGAUUUGGACUGUAGAUAAAGAUCUUUAUUAAAAGGAAGUAUUUAUAAACAAGUCUUUGGUAAGAAUCAAUAGUGUAUAUUACAAAUGUGCAUGUUUUUAUUUUAGAAAAUAAACUGAAUGUUGAAUUGAAGAUACUGAAUUUUUAAGGAAAUUUUUUUUAUUAAGGUGCCUAAAUCAUUCUUCUCUAGCGAUACACCACGUCAGAACAUGUAAUGUGAAAAGCGAACCUGAGGUAUGAUGGCCAAAAUACUCCAGAAUGCUUUUACUUGAGUUUACCCAAAAGCUGAGUUUUAGCGUUGACAGCCGAGAUAUUCCUGUGAACCUCAAAUGUAAUUGUAGAAUAGAAGGAAGCCAAAUACUGUAAAAUUAAACUAAAAGUAUAGGUGGAAAACACUUUUUGUUGUCUUUGUCGACUUUUAAAAUAAUCUCAUGGAAUUUAUCUUAUGAGUCAGUUGUUCCUAAGCAGGUAAAGCCAUUAAGAAGCCUUAGGAAGCUAAGCAGAAUACCUUUCUAGUAUGAGGAAGACAAAGGCAUGAAAUCACCUGAAAUUCUUGGAUGAGAUAAGAAAUAGCGUUAGACAUAAUAAACUAUUUGUACUGUUCACAUGACCAGAAGAAGGAAGUAACAGCACUGAUCAAGCAUACUGUAAGAUUUAGCUGUAGUAUCCAAAUAGUGGAGUCUAAAUAUUUGCCUGUGUCUCUAGGCUUGACCACUACCCCUUUAAUCUUGCCGAUACUAAUAUUCUGUCAGUUUGUUUUCAUCCUGAUUCAGCCCUUGUGCUUUACUGAUGCUUCUGACAUUAAUGCUUUUGUUUUGGUGGUUGUGCUCUUAUUCAGAGGAACGAUUAAACAGCUCUAGCAUUCAAAAAGACUUCAAACUUCCAAGAUGGAUUAAUAGGAAAAGGUAUGAAUGUUGUUUCUGUGUAGUCAGUAUUAGAAAACUAAUUUGAAAACAUUUGCAGCUGUGUAAUGUCCUAGUUUAGAUAUAAUCCAUUUUAAAAAAAUGUUACUGAGCUACAUCCUUGGUCUGGGUAGCAACUUACAUGAAUGGAGCACUAGAUCCAUCCAAUUAACCCUGGAACUGAGUGCUGGGAGGAUAGCCAGUGUUACUGGGAAAAUGGAAGAGCCUUUAUGUAACACUGCUCGCUGUUAUUACUAGGUGUGUCCCAAGUUCCUUGAUAACUGGCUUUUUCUUCUCUGUGUUGUAAAGCACUUCUGAUAAUGUUAUCAACGAUGCUGCUGUAACUAGUAGAAGCUGGGGGGAGGGACAGUGUAGUAAUUACCAAAGUAAUUUUAUACAUCUUUGUAGAUACAGCGUACCUUCUUAUGGACGGUUAUGAGAUGUUCAGUGUAGAGCAGAGGUGUAUGCCUGACUAGGUUAUACUAACAGAGUGUUUGGUACAUUCUCAGAAGCUGCUCCUUGAAGGCUGUUGGAUGAAAACAGGUGGUUGUAAUAUGGAUCCUUGAUAGUAAAAAGCAAGAUGAUAGCAGAAAGAUUUGAAAGCUGUAGGCCAGGAGGCACAUACAACUCCACUUCAUCCAGUCUGCCAAGCUUUUAAUGAGAACAAGCUGCUAUAUUUUUUUUCUGGUCCCAUUCCUGCUUUUACGGAGACUUCUGUUCAGGAUUUGCAUGUGGUAAGGACGGCUGAUUGAAAGGAAGCUGUUCAAGCAUGUAGAAUUUUGUGGGUUAGAUGGGUGGACCUGAUUCACGUUGCUACUCAGCUUAGGCCACCAAGAUUUAUCUUGAAAGUGGUAUGCUGCUGUAGCCUUUUGCUUGUAUUUCUAAAUGCAACAUCUGAUGAGGACUUGCUAGGUCCCUGAGGUUACUUUUCAGUGUACAGAAAACAAUGCAAGAUGGAGGGCAGAAAGCAGGCAGUCAGAACUGCUAGCUUUACUUGCUCCAGGAGAUGGCAGUGUUUUUCCCUUGUAAAUUGUUAAAGAUUACCAAAUCUCUGAAUUGAAGAGUUGAAUGAAACAUGGAGAAGAUUCAUAGAUCUGAAGUAAGUCAAGAAUUCUUUUUGGGGAGAGAAAGGGGAUUGUUUUUUGUUUGGUGGUGGUUUUCUUGGGUUUUUUUAAAUCCAGCACCCUCAAUGGUUGUAUCCCAAUUGUGUAAAGGGGAAAAAAGUCUAAGGUAAAUAAUGUGAGGCAAUUAAAUAGCGUGGAAUACUUUAUAGGCCUUUGCUAUGUUAUGGCAUUCAAGGUGCCAAAAAUCUGAGGUCAUGUUUGCUGCAGUGACUGAUUCAGACUUGAGUUUUGAAUGAUUCCUUUACUUAUCAGUAUUAAAUGUUGUAUUUUUCUAGAGAACUUUUUAACUUGCCAAGAUCACAUUUUAACUUGAAUAUUUUCCUCCAGUAUAUCUGGAAGACAGUCAAACUCCGUAUUGUCUAUUGAUUUCAUCAUCUAGGUUGUUAGAAUAUCGAUGGAACUGAUCCUAGGACCUACUCUGCAGAACAUCCUUACAGCUUUCUGUUUUGACAUUAGACUGUGAUUUUUAUUUUUUUCUUUUUGAUAAUUCUAGUUAGCUCUGCAUUCAUACAGUAAUAGUUACAUCUGAGCUGUGUUUGUCUUGCUUAUAAGCAAGUCCUGUGAUAGUCAGAUGUCAGGAUAAUGAUAGUUCAUCUACUGCUUUUUCAUUACACUACUGUGGAAGAAAGGAUUUUAACAUAAAUUGUUCUUGGCUGACUUGUUACUGUGGAAAGCAUAAAUGAUUAUAGUUUGGGUACUUGUUCCAAAAUAUUUUUUAGAAUUAAAAAUUCAUGGUCAAGAAGUUUUUUUGCUGCUUUUCUUCUUCCCUGUCUUUGUUUAAAAAUGGGCAUUUCAGCUUGCCAGUUCUCAAAUAUGACUACUACCAAUACUACUAGUGUUUUUGAGGCAACUUUUGUAACAUAUACUAAUAUAAGAAUAACAUAUCUAUUUUUAACAUAUCUUACAGAGAAGUCUUUGGGGCCCAGAGAACCUGUGAACACUGAACUUCAGGAAACUUAUAUUCUAACCCAUUCUUUUCUUUUACUAAGCAGAGAUCUUUCUUUGUCAGUGAUGUGAAUACAGUUGCUUGUAGUUGCCAUCGCUAGGGAAUACUGAAGCAAAACCAGCCAUCGAACAGUUCAUUUCUAGUGUCAUCAGCUGUCAGUUGUUUUUCUUCCAUCUUGCAUAACUAACGCUUCCCUUGUAUUUUUUCUUUUAAUGCAGGUGCACUUACAGUGCAGUCUCUUCUUACUCUUGUCAACUACUGCUUAUUUUGUUUUUUCUCUUUUUGUUCUGAUAUGUUCCCUGUGUUCUUUUGUUGCUUCUACUUAAUAAUUCUUAAAUAAUCUGUCCUAGUUUCCAUUACUUAUAUGCUUUUCUGAGAUCAUUGAAGAGCUCUUUGUUGGUCAGGUUGGUCCCUUUUUACCCGCUGUCCUUCCUUUCCAUGGGCAUAACUUGAGCUUAUCUUGCUAUCAUUUAUUUGGGAACUGCCAGGUCUCCUGUACCCUUUUUUGCCCUUGGAUUUUCCUCCAGUAAAACCUUACUGAGCAGUGUUGGAACAGAGGAAGAAGUAGGGAGAAGUGCAUGAAGAUUUCAAAGUUGUGUUUAAGUACUGUGAUGUCUAGGCAGCUUGAGAUUGCUCUACUGUCAGUAUUAGAAACUAAGAAUUUGGGGCAUUAAAUAUACAUCCUCUUUUCUCUCUUCCAUCUGUGUCCCAUCUGAUGGCAACUGUAAGCCAAAGAGUCUGUGCCAGUCUCCUGCCACUAGUGGUUUGUUUUCUUUUUUUUCUUUCCAUGAAUUAGUACUUUUCUAGAAAUAGCAAGAAGGGCCUUAAUAAAAGCAUGGGGCUUGCACAGUUGUUGACUCUCACUUCUCCCUAGGUAAGGUUCACCCUGUAGCUUUUAUUUUGUAGCAGCUGUCAAUCACACUAUAUUUUUCUUUCUUGGAUCUUACAGAGCCAAUGGUGUUCUGAACUGCGUUGUAUCACUGCUGCCUUUGCACGAUGCUUUAGUAACUUCCUUAAGGUGCAUUUCUAAGGGUUGUGUUAUUCAGAAGACAAAAUUACCCUGCAAAAUACUUUUGUUACUGAUUAUCCUUGAGAGAGCAGGGAAACUAGCCUGACCUCUCAGGAGCACACCCUAAGUUUGAAUCUAGUCUUCGCUUAAUAUUGGCAAGUGCAAGUCUGCCAAAUGACCUGGAACUGCAUUAGUGAUUAACCUGACGUUAUUUGCUUUGCUGGCUAGGCUUAGGGAAAAUACCACUUUUGGAAUAGAAGGUGAGACUAUUCUUCACUGUUGUUGAUCUCUUCAGUAUGGAGUUCAGCCUGACUGCAGCAGUGAAGUGUGGGUUUUAUGCAUCUGUCUGUUCCUUUUUCUUUCUACUAUUUCACAUGAACCGUUUGUAUCAGAUCUUUCUCAUUACAUCUGUCACCAUGUGCCAAUUCCCUCUCUCUGAAUUUCAGUCUUCCUUUUCACUGUGCCCUUUGUGUUUUCCAUCAGGUUCAAAACACCGUAUUCUCCACUGCAUUCCCUCUCCUGUCAUUAGUUGCAAGCAGCUGAGCCUCUGAAAGUGUCAUUUGAAGGCUCCUUUCAGUUUUCUAAAAACUUCUGCUCAAGGCUCUUUGAUUCUGAAAGCUCCUUCCAACAGUUCAGCUUCCUCAGGCUCCAUUUUGUAGGAAUAUUCCACUCUGGUGUCUACCUUUAUAAACCGUACAGUAGUACAGCAUAGAAACCAAGGGAAUUCCUUCUUUUCUUUUUUUUUUUUUUCCUCUUUGCUUCCUAUUCAAGUGGUUGCUGAGCUCAGUUGUGGUUGGAUACACUGGAAUCUUUUGCUUUCUUAAUAGUGGCAGAAAGGAGUGUUUGCUUUCCAGAUGUAAUCUUCAAACUUCAGACCUUCCAGUCUCUCUUCUGACAGUUGUUGCAUUAAUAAAGUUUAAGGUGACAGGGUAAAAGAUAAAUUUGUUUCCUUGUUCCUUCAUUCCAAGUAAGUCUAUCUGGGUUUUAAAGCAAGAAGUGUACCUUUAGGCAAAUACACUGAUUAUGUUAACCAACAACUGAGUAUACGAAAGCAUUUCUUGUCCUGAUGCCUGAUGAGAUAGGGCAGAUUAAUGUUCUGUAUAAACUAUUAAUUAAAAGUCCUGUUUUGUGGGUAUAUACUUGGAUGGGUCUGCCACAAUGAGCUGAGCAGCAGAUCAGAGUCUAAGUAAGGAAGCUUG